UUAUCUUUUUCUAAACCGAUUGCCGUAUAGACAUGUUUCGCCUUGCUGCUACUCGCUCUGCAUUGACCGCCUCCCGUGCCGUCGGCCGUCGCAAUGCUUCCACCAACGUUGCCGUUCAAAACAUUGAAACCCGUUGGAAGACUCUCUCAACAACUGAGCAAAACACCAUUGCAAAGCAAUUGGAAGAAGCACAAAAGGCCGAUUGGAAGCAAUUGUCUCUCGAAGAGAAGAAGGCAGCAUAUUACAUUGCUUUCGGUGCCCAUGGUCCCCGCGAACCUAUCACCAAGCCCGGUCACAACCUCAAGGUUGUUAUUGGCACCAUUGGUGUCGUUGCAGCCUCCGCUGCUCUCUUCUAUGUCAUUCGUCAGAACGCCAUCGAGAAGCCAAAGACCAUCAGCAAGGAAUGGGAAGAGGCAACCAACGAGUACAUGAAGGAGCAAAAGAUGAACCCUAUCUCUGGUAUCGCCUCCGAGGGCUACCAAGGCAAGGGUUACGUUGUUUCAAAAUAGAUAGAAUUUUUCAGCAAAAGAAUCCAAUAACAACCUGUUUACAUAUGGAGUAUCUGAUGGAUUGUGAAAGUGCAAUUAAAUUAAUGUAACUACAAGAAUCAUGACCACGCUUUGAUAUCGA